CCGGAGGCUACCGGAACCCAGAACCAGGAGAAUGCGGGACUAGCCGGAUCCCGGAAGUGAGGACUAACACUGCGGCUGUUCCGGAAGCUCGGGUCUAAGCAUGGCUUUGGGAGGGAAGGAACCCAAGAGAAAGAAGGGCCAGGAGUGGAGACAGAGCCCUGAAGAUGGCGUGGGGAAUGCAGCCGCCGACUACCUGGUGGGACAGGUUGCCGACAGCCUGCGGGGCGGCCAGCGCCCUCCUGGAGGCGGGACGGGGCGACUGGCCUCUCUCUUCAGCACCGCGGAGCCACGCGCCCCACCUGUGUUUGUGCCUGUGCCCCAGGAAACUUCUAUAAAAAGAAAACGUGAUGAUGAUGAAGAAAGUACACCCCAGAUUAAAAAGCCAGCUUCGCAAAAACCUGCAAAAAAGGUGAAAGGGAAGAAACUCUCGGCUGCAGACCAAAGACUGGCAAACAGGGAAAGUGCUCUAGCAAAUGCUGAUCUAGAGGAAGAGAUUCAUCAGGAGCAGGGGCAGGAAAGGAGAAAGUCUCAGUCUCAUGGUAAAGCAGCAGGUGGAGAGGCACUUGGUGUUGCCCUCAGCCUCGAUGAGGACCAAAGAACAAAAAUCCCACUCAACCCUGAAGAAGAGCGGUUGAAAAAUGAGAGGACUGUGUUUGUUGGCAAUUUGCCUGUCACAUGUAAUAAGAAGAAGCUGAAGUCAUUUUUUAAAGAGUAUGGACAGAUAGAAUCUGUACGAUUUCGUUCUGUGAUGCCAGCAGAGGGGACACUAACAAAAAAGUUGGCUGCAAUAAAACGUAAAUUUCAUCCUGACCAGAAAAGCAUCAAUGCAUAUGUAGUGUUUAAGGAUGAGAGUGCUGCUACAAAAGCACUGCAAAGAAAUGGAGCCCAGAUUGAAGAAGGAUUUCGUAUUCGAGUUGAUCUUGCAUCUGAAACCACCUCUAGGGACAAGAGAUCGGUAUUUGUGGGGAAUCUUCCUUACAAAAUUGAAGAGGCUGCUUUGGAGGAACACUUUUUGGACUGUGGGAGUAUUGUGGCAGUGAGAGUCUUGAGAAACCCACAGACAGGAGUCGGCAGAGGGUUUGGCUAUGUGCUCUUCGAGACUACAGAUGCUGUUCAUCUUGCUUUGAAGUUAAAUAAUUCUGAGCUUAUGGGAAGAAAACUGAGAGUCAUGCGUUCUGUUAAUAAAGAAAAACUAAAACAACAGAAUUCAAAUCCAAGCUUGAAGAAUGCAAGUAAACCUAAGCAGAAACUUAAUUUUACUUCCAAAGAUUCAGGACAUUCCAAAAAAGCAUUUAUUGGAGAAAAGGCAGUUCUCAUGAAAAAGAAGAAAGGACAAAAGAAAAAAGUAAGAACAAAGAAGCCAAAAAACAGCAGUAAUGACUGAAGCUGCUUCCUUCCUUUUUGUGGUGAAUCCUUGCAAUGAAUGUCUGGGUUUUUAUGGAUUGUGUGGAAAAUGUCGAGACUUCCACAGUGGUUUUAUUUUGUUUGUUUGUUUUUUGUUUUUGUGUUUGUAGUAUAUCUAAGACUUCUUUGAAGCAUUGUUCUUAGAAAUGGAUUUGCAGAAAAAUAAUAAACAUUAAUACUGGUGUGCUUA